AUGCAUCCUCGUCUAUCUUUCCUUCUGCUCUGUGUUUUGACAGUUACUCACAUAGCUGCUGCCUACCGUCCCUACCGUCCGCAUGACAGUUCUGAUCUCGCCCAACCUCAUCGUGUCCCGCGCAGCUUCAAGAGUGACAACAAGCGUGAAGUUUCUCCUCCUCAAACUCCUUCGCAUGUGAACGCCAGCAUUCGAGCUGUCUCAGAAAGUACAGUUUCAUCAAGUCAUCCAACUCAGAUCCCUCCCUGCUCCUCUGACUGCUCGCCCGUGGCACUUUCUGCAGACGCCUCUCCGUCUGCUCGACAGGCUAUAAAUGAACCCGGCUCUUUGGGGGUCGCCAUGGAUACCCUGAAAUCGCAGCCUGUUCCGCGUUACGCCAACACCACCAUCACUCCUCCAGUGCCAUCGCUCGCCGCUAGACAAAUUCACAACGCUGAUUACGGAUCCUCAAAUGCGCCUUCGUCGUCUUCUGAUUCCAACUCUACGGAGCAAGCACAUCCCUCGUCUUCGGCUUCUCAUCCUAGUGCUACGGACAGUGCUGACAGCAACAACAGGCGCGAAGAAACCACAGAACAUGUAAGGACUGGGCCACCAGCUGCUCGAACUGCCGCGUUGAGACGUCUGGAAACCUCGGAUUUGAAACCUGUAUAUAACAAAAACAGCACUACCACCAUCCCCAGUGUCAACCCUACUGAAACAAAUUUUUCACGGCGAUUUCCUCGAGCGUCUGCCUUGCGACGUACGAACCUGUUCGAUAUGCUGCCUGGAACAGACAAUGACACGUCGAGCUCCAACUCUACUGGAUCAAAAUCCGACAACUCCUCUGAGAGGCGAGUCCCUCGAGCUGCUGCGAUGCGACGCAUAAAUGUCCCCGGAUUGCCCGAAGUCAAGAAUAGCACAACUCCCCCUAGUACCAUGAAAUCAGAUGAUUCUGCAACAAGGGAUAAUUCGACCUCGGUUGGGACGAAUGGUUCAAACGGCAAUUCAACGAAAUUCGACAAUGACUUUGCCAAUUCCAGUCCCAAUCAGCCAGAAAGAAGGCUCGCUUUUCGUUUUCGUCGGGGUCGCCAAGGUUGA